AUGCUUCUAAAUAUCCAUUCCAAGCGGCGGACGCUGUCCGAGACCCCGGACGCCCCCAACGCCCCCGAUGACCGCAAGACCUCCUCGCCCUGUUUAUCUCUUGGCCUCUGGCAGUUUUUCAGUGUGGCGGAGAUUGAUGAAACAUGUCCCUUGAUGCAAGCUUCAUCGGGCCUCUGGAAAUCUGGGGCAUCGCUCCAAGCGACACGUCACAGCGUCGCGAUAAUUCAGCAGUCUUGA